AUGUCUGGCAACGCUGACGUUGACAAACUCGUUGUGCUCAUCUCCGACGCUGCAUUUGAAGCAGUCGUGGAGUAUCAGAAAUACGGGCAAGAUGUACCUGCUCUCAGCUGUCCGGUCGUCCAUCCUCUAGACAGUGCGACCGACCUCAUCAAGCUACGGAGGGCGCUGAGACAGCUCGAGGGCGCAUGUCGUCACCUCUACGAUAUGCUUGCACCACCGGUGGAGUAUAUAGGCAAGAACACCAUGGACUUUGGCCCAGUCCUCUUGAGGACGGCCGUGAAUGCUGGCAUAGCCGAAAUCCUCGAAGGGCGUCCUCAAGGGAUGCAUCUCUUGCAUAUCGCUGAAGCUACCGGUUUACCCGAGCCAAAGUUGACUCAGAUCAUGCGUGCGCUUGCUAGCCGCAACUGUUUCAUUGAAGUUGACACAGAUACAUACGCCAACAAUAGGAUCUCUCAGGCAUUAUUUAAGGACUCGGAGACCCGCUCUUGCGAUUACACGUGGCUCGCAGUCACACAGUGUCACUACGGUCUGGAUAGUUAUUGGGAAUUUCUUAACAACAAGCAAGUCGAUGUUGCAGACGUACCUGACAACUACAAGGGCCUAUGGUCUUAUGCUCGGCGGAAUUCGGCGGGCGAGCUCCAAGAUUCAAUUUACACCGCUUGGGGAAAGCAUGUACGCAUUUACUCCCAAGUAUUAUCACCCUACUCGACCUUCUGCGAUAUUGGAUCUGGUGUUGGCUCUUUCUCUCUACAUCUGGCAAAGUUACGUCCUGACUUGCAUAUCACCUUGCAAGACCAGCCCCAUGUCCUGGACGAUGCUUUGCAGCUGUGGAGCAAGGAGUUCCCGGAUUGUACGCUUGACAAGCGCGUGGUAUUUGAACCACUAGACUUCCUUGUUCAUCCUCCGGUUCAAGGACAGGAUUAUUACUACAUGCGCGCCAUUGUGCACAACUGGACUGACAAUGACGUUCGCCGGAUCCUCACAAAUGUUCGAAAGGCAAUGGGGGCUCACAGCCGCCUCCUGAUUCAGGAGUAUUCGUUGGCGCCACAAAAUCGAAAACGGGGUGCUGGAGAAGCUGCUAGAUACGGAAUACAGCAGGCCCCAGAACCGCUGCUGCCUAACUUCGGCUGGGGCGCAUCCAGGAGGCACAAUCUUGACUUCACCAUGCAGCUCACGUUCAACGCCAAGGAGCGCACUGUUGGAGAGCUGAUAGAGCUCGCGUCGUCAGCAGAAUUGGCGUUCGUCAAAUUCUUGGACUUGGGGACUGCAUCGGUAUUGGAGUUUCAAUCAGCAAGGAAGGAUGAAAGUUCGCAAUCUCGUCUGUAG